AUGCAUUCCCUCAAAACACUGCUAUGUGCUGGUGUUCUCGCCUCCACCACUCUCGCUUUCCCUGCCAUGCACCGACGAGUGCCCGGUAACUCGACCUCGGGCAACCAGCUCAGUGUCUACUGGGGAGCCGAGGAUGACAGCACUACUCUUGACGACGUCUGCUCGGAUGACUCGUACGACAUCGUCAACCUUGCCUUUGUGAAUAAAUUCUCGGCCGACGGCGGAUAUCCCAGUCUUAGUAUCAGCACAUUGGAUGGCGCCUCUCAGGCUCAACAGGAUGCCGGCGCUACGUCGCUUCAGGAUGGAUCUUCGCUGGUGUCUGCUAUCAAGUCAUGCCAGUCUGCUGGCAAGCUGGUUAUUCUGAGCUUGGGUGGCGCCGUCGAUUACUCCGACGUUGUCCUUUCAGACGAUGAUGAGGGCAAGUCUGUCGCUGAUACCUUGUGGAACUUGUUCGGCGGCGGCACCGACGAGACCCUGAAGGACCUUCGUCCUUUUGGCGACGUUAAGCUUGAUGGAUUUGAUUUGGACAAUGAAUCUGGGGACUCUACUGGCUACAGCGCCCUGGUUUCUCAGCUCAAAUCCAACUUCGCCGAGGACUCCAGCAAGAAAUACUACCUGACUGCUGCUCCUCAAUGCCCUUACCCUGACGAGUCUAUCCCCCUCGACGUGUGCAAGGAGCUGGACUACGUCUGGGUUCAAUUCUACAAUAACGGAGAUUGCAACAUUGCUCAGUCUGGCUUUAACGCUGCUGUACAGAACUGGAGCGACGGCAUUGGCAGCGCCACACUUUUCAUCGGCGCCUUGGCUAGCGGUUCAGAUGGUGACGAGGGAUACGUCGACUCGGAUACCCUGGUCCAGACGCUGCAAGAAGUUGAGGGAAUGAACUUACCCAACUUCGGUGGCGCUAUGCUCUGGGAGGCACAGCUGGCUGUGCAAAACGGUAACUACCAGCAAGCUAUCAAAGCUGCUCUUUAA